AAAAUUUAAAUAGAACGAAAAUUUAAAUUAAUUUCGGUACCAAAAAGGAAAUUGCCAAAUUGAGCUCCGAUUUCCUUUUUCAAUUUCAGUUAAAUUUCUCCGGCGAUGGAAUGGGCGGAGCAGCUGCCUUUGACGACGGCGACGGCGACGGUGACGGCGACGGCGUAUAAACUGAACGAGACGAUAAAUUGGUGGGAAGAUGUGAAUAGAUCUGUUGAAUGGCAAAAUCGUAUUUUCCAUUUACUUGCUGUUCUCUACGGGCUUGUCGCCGCCGUUGCUCUCGUUCAAUUAGUUCGCAUUCAAGUGAGAGUUCCUGAGUAUGGUUGGACCACUCAAAAAGUCUUCCACUUUCUCAAUUUCUUUGUGAAUGGAGUUCGGUCGCUAGUUUUUGCAUUUCGUCGGGAUAUUCAGAAGUUGCAUCCAGAGGUUGUCCAACAUAUUUUGCUUGAUAUGCCAAGUCUUGCAUUCUUCACAACUUAUGCCCUGCUAGUAUUAUUCUGGGCUGAGAUAUACUAUCAGGCACGUGCUGUAUCCACUGAUGGGCUUAGACCUAGUUUCUUCAGAAUUAAUGGAGUGGUUUAUGCUAUUCAGAUUAUAUUAUGGCUGAUAAUAUGGUGGAAACCUGUUCGAGUACUCGUCAUCAUAUCCAAGAUGUUCUUUGCAGGUCUAUCCCUAUUUGCAGCAUUGGGGUUUCUCCUUUAUGGUGGAAGGCUUUUCCUUAUGUUACAGCGGUUUCCAGUAGAAUCAAAAGGGAGACGAAAGAAGCUACAGGAGGUUGGCUACGUCACGACAAUAUGUUUUUCAUGUUUCCUCAUUAGAUGCGUUAUGAUGUGCUUCAAUGCAUUUGAUAAAGCUGCAGAUCUUGAUGUUUUGGAUCAUCCAAUCUUGAAUUUGAUAUAUUACCUGGAGGUCACGGGUUCAAGCGCUGGGAACAAUUUCUGGCAGAAAUGCAAGGUAAGACUGCGUACAACACACCCUUGUGAUGAGACCCUUCCCUGGACCCUGCGCAUUGCACCGAGCUGCCCGAGGAUGGUGUGUUCGCAAUCUUAUACCUGUUUUGUGAGAUAGAUAAAGAGACUGUUUCAAUAGACUCUUGAUUAAAAAAGACCUAAAACUAAUUAAAAUAAAUUGAGAAAAUUCUUUAUUUCCACCUUGAACUAUACGUGAAAAGGUUGAGACACACCCAAACUUUAGGAGGACCCUAUUACUCCCUUGGACUAAUUAAAAUCGUAUUUUUGACAGCUUUAGUACCUACGUAGCACAUACGUGGCACACACGCGUGCCUAUGUGGAUCCUUCAGCGUGUUGUGCCAUGCAGACACUAAGGUUGUCAAAAAUACGGUUUUAAUUAGUACAUGGGGUAAUAGGACCCUCCUAAAGUUCGGGUGUAUCUCAGCGUUUUCGCGUAUAGUUCAAGGUGAAAAUAAAGUAUUUUCUCAAAUAAAUUUGUAAAGAGCUACAAAACUGAAUACUUUCAUAUACAAAUUAAUAAGGUGUAUUUUCCAUAAAAGUAUAAACUAGUGGACAUUCUUUUGACUCAUUGUUUACUAAGGUUGUACCAAUAACUAGUUGAUUAUAAUUUCAUUGCAACUAAGAGGCAUGUGUUAUGAUUGGACAACUUCUUCCACUAAGCUAAUGGAGAUACAAAUUUGUCUUUUUU